AUGUUUGCCUUGGAAUCAAAUACUCAGGUCAUCCAGGCUGUCUUCUUUGGUAUCUGCGUGCUAACUGACCUUUCCAGUCUUCUGACCAGAGGAAGCGGGAACCAGGAGCAGGAGAGGCAGCUCAAGAAGCUCACCUCCCUCCGGGACUGGAUGUUAGCCGUGCUGGCCUUCCCUGUUGGGGUUUUUGUUGUCGCAGUGUUCUGGACCAUCUAUGCUUAUGACAGAGAAAUGAUAUACCCAAAGUUGCUUGAUAAUUUUAUCCCAGGAUGGCUGAAUCAUGGAAUGGUAAGCAGAUUAAAACAACUAGCUUCCUUUUAUUAAACAAAAUCUAUUAAAGUCCUGUCUUUCAUUAUUAAUAUUUAAGUUGAUGUUCAAAAGGGUUUCAUUGUGUAUCCUCAAUGUAGGUAUAGUUAAUUUGGUCCGUUCAGCCCCUUCCAUUGCUCUCCCUUACCCUUUUACCUCCCACCCCACCCUUUUUCAACAGCGUUCAGUACACAUUCUUAUAGG